CCUUUCCCAUCCAUCCCCAGCUCCCGUCUCGGCAAGAGCUUCAUCGCCAAGAAGUCGUUGGCGCAGAAGCCGGAGCUGCUGGCAGCCUCCGUGGGCAACUUGGAGUGGCUGCAUCAGUGCCUGAAGUACCAGAGGGACAUCCGCACGGACCGCAAGGGCUUCACGGCCCUUCACCUGGCGGCCCAGCACUGUAACCUGAAUUGCUUGACGGCGCUGGUGGAGCAGUACAGGUUCCCCGUGAACAUCACCACGUGCAAGGGCUGGACCCCCCUUCACCUGGCCAUCAAUAAGGGCGACCCAGGAGAGUCCCUCAAGUGUGUCCAGUACCUUUUGAAGGCGGGAGCCUCGGUCAAUGCCCAAAAUCAAAAUGGCACAGCCCCGCUGCACCUGGCGAGCGGGGAGGGCAUGCUGGACUGCAUAAAAGUCCUGGUGGAAGCUGGGGGCAACGUGCACAUCACCGACAACCGUCAGCGGAAAGGCCUCGACCUAUGCAAGAUCUGGAACCACCGAGAUUGUGCCCGGUUCCUGAAGGACGCCAUGUGGAAACAGGACAAGAAAGAACUGGCUGAAGAGACGUAUUGCCUGAACCAGCUUAAAAAGAAAUUGCUGACGAUGCAGAAAAAAUACCUCUUUAAAAAGAAGAAAGAGAAGGAAGCCCAGAACCAAGUCGCCUUCGUCCAAUGGCUCCAAACGAAGCCUCUGCCAAAGAUUAAAAUCCCGGAGCCUGCCCAGGUCAGGGAGGACUGGGUCAAGAUUAAGGAGGCACCUCCCAGGGGUAGGAAGGCGAUCCCUCCGAUCACGAAGGAGCCUCCCCGGCUUAGGAAGGAACUCAGGCGGAUUAGGGAGGAGCCUCCCGUGGUUCCCAAGGAGGCCCCACACAUUAAGAAGGCUGCCCAGGCCCUGAAGCCUCAGCCCCCGCGGAGGCCUCAGCCACCCCGCAAGAGGGGCUCCGCUGUGACUCCCCGUGUCCGCAGAAGAUUCCGCCCCCUGAAGAGAGUCAAGCCUACCUUGCCCGCCGGCUUCUCCUCAAUGGCCAUCUCGAGCCAGCAGGCCCCCUCCGGCUCCCGAUCCUCGUCCAGCCUCCCGACCCUGGGCAGUCCCCGGCCCUCCACGGUCCCCUUCUCGUCCGGCUCCGCUCCCAGCUCCUCAGUGGGCCGCUCCCGAGAGUCCAGCCGGCUCCAGUCUAUCAGCGAGUUGUCCGGCCGCUCCCGGGUCACCCCCACCGGCUCCCAGCAGCAAUUCUCGUCCACUCGGGCGCCGUCUUACUCGUUCUUGCGGAGCCUCUGCGAGGCUUCCCCGGAGGUCGAGAAGCCUGGGCCCACGGACUCGGGCGUCCGCCUGCCGCGGGACUCACUGUCCCUGCUCAACCUGUACCUGGCGGAAAUCCCCCAGAAACCCGUGCCCUCGCCCUUCUCCUGGAGGGCCAAGUGGAACUCAAGCACCAAGCUCGCGUCGAGGCCCGUCACCCAGAUCGCCUUCCCACAGGGCGUGCGCCUGGGGGUGCAGCCCGACCCCCAGCCCCACUACAACUUCCGCGGUUUCCUCAAGUUCUUCCCCAACGACGAGGGCAGGGUGCUCAUCCAGACGGCCACAGGCGACUGGAUCUUCCCAGUGCCCCGGCUGCCCUUCCAGGUCCUGUGGCGGGAGCUGUGCCGGCGGCCGCAGCCUGACCGCCUGGCGGGGCCCGAGGGGCCCAAGAACUUCUCCGGCCAUGACCUGCCCGUCAGGCACUACGUCCGUGAAAACUACCUCUGCUCGGACUUCCUGGCCAUGAGCCUCCGGGAAACCUUUGACGCGGCCUUCAUCGCCUUGGUGCAGAGACACCGGGGCUUCCCUUCCCUCCCUCCCGCCUCCCCCAGCUCCCUGGCUUCCUCCUCCUCCACCUCGAUCGCUCUCCCGCAAUGCUUGGCUCUCCUGUUCUCAGCUCCCCCCCUCCGAUAAAAUCAUUUUAUUGCUCUUCCCUUCUGCCAAUAACUGAGCCUCUCUUGAGUCAAGGGGGAUGGGCGGCGGCGGAGCGAUGGACUUGGGCAAAACGGCAGCCUCUCCCUAAGCCCAGACUUGGGUCGAGGCCAGCCAGGAAUGGGAGACCGGGUCCUUCACCUAGACCAUCAAGGCCCUGGAUCCUACUCUCCCAACCCCCACUAAACACUGCCCACCCUCCAGGCACCCAGGGGAAUCGCUUGGGGACUAGGCCGCGCCCAGCUGGGCAAAUUGCUUCUGUUCCCAAGGCUUGCCCGUGACAGGCUUGAGUUCUCACAGCAAAGGGCUUGCCAGAUUGCCGACCACUGUGAAAACCAGAAAGCCCAUCAGGACAUCCCAUUCCCCGCCGUGGAGCCCUGGGGUCCUCCACUCGAUCCCUCCUGCUUCCCUGUUUAAACCCCUUUCCUCCAGUCUUGAUGGAGAUGAGCUAACUGGCACCAUCUUGGGUUCCAACGCCCACCCAGGUGGCACUGGACCAAUCCCUGGUGGAAUACCCCUGUCCAGCAUCUCUCUCCAUCACUGGAAUGGCCCUGUCCAACAUCUUUCCCCAUCACCAGAAUGGCCCUGUCCAGCUGGUCUUUUCCCCAUCACCAGAACGGCCCUGUCCAGUGUCUUUCCCCAUCACCAGAAUGGCCCUGUCCAGCAUCUCUUUACCCAUCACCAGAAUGGCCCUGUCCAGCAUCUCUUUACCCAUCACCGGAAUGGCCCUGUCCAGCAUGGCCCUGUCCAGCGUCUUUCCCCAUCACUGCAAUGGUUCUGUCCAGCAUCUUUCCCCAUCGCCUCAGCAAGCAGCAGCAACUGCUGGGAGUGGAUUUGCUUCCCAGCCAACUCCGGCAGGUACCUGAGACAAGGGCU